UGUACCUUUAAAAGUAGACACUUUAUUUACACAAAGAGUAAAAUGUUCUAUAUUUUGAUCCAUUAAAAUGAGAUAGGACAACUGAUCCGUUUUUCUGGAUAUUUUAAAACAGCAGAUACAAUAACUGAAUAUGGCUUUACAAGGGAAGACAAUCUUUAUUCCUGGUGGAUGUGGUACUGUUGGUACUGGAUUAACAAGAACAUUCCUCCAGAAUGGUGCAAGGGUCGCGGUCAGCUCGCGGACACAAGAACGACUAGAUGAGUUCAAAAAGUCAAUGGACCAAGCUUUUCAGUCCAACAUAAUACUGAUUAAGGAAGACGUGUCUACAGAGUCAGGGGCCAAGAAUGCGUUAGAGGCGUUUAUCAAACAAGGGGGAGUUCAACAUGUUGUGGCAUGUAUGGGAGCAUGGUGGCAGGGAGGAUCAUUGACUAAACAGUCGGUAGAGGAGUUCGACAAGGCAAUAAAUGACAGGGCAAGGUCACAUUUCAUCUGUGCUAAAAUAUUUCUCCCAUAUUUGGCAAAUAUUGAUGGAUCGACAUAUACAAUCACAUCAGGGUCAGCCACGGAGCACGAUUGGGACAUCCCUGAUAUUUCAUUAAUAAUUGUGGCCGGCGGUUGCGUCUAUGGCAUCUCACAGGCCGCUCAGACCGAGUUCAAAGACACAAAAGUCGCGGUUAAUGAAGUGAGAAUCGGAAUGUUCAUUCAGCCUAAACUUGAUAAAGAUUUGGAAAAGCGCUCGUUUGAAAUGCAUGGCUAUAAGCUCGACAUAAUCGGAAAUGACAUAAUUGCUGACUUCAUGUUGAACGUUUUGCUGGCACGUGCAAAAGGAACCAUCAAGAUUAAUUCAAGAAAAGAAUUAGAAGAAGAAAAGAAAAAAUUAAAGAAAUGAUCAAAUAAUGGAAACAUUUUAUCAUUUUUAAAAGAUCUAAUCAUAUCCGUAACAGACUAUAUUAGAGCCGUGUUGGCCCAUCUUUUUCACUAAUCAUAUUAUUCACAUCUGUGAAAAACGACCCUAUUUCGUCAAGUUCACAUACGCUCUAAUUUUUCACGAAAACCGAACAUAUUUUUCACAUUUUCUGUGAAUUUUGUGGCCGAUCUCAUUAUUUGGUGCGUCAUAAAAGCAUAGUUUUCACAUUUCACUUUUUACUAAACAUUCAGCUAAAUUUCUUGUUUCUACUAAAGCACAUUUUCUCUUGUUCUCCAGUCACGAUUUUUUGCGAGGAAUUAAAAAUUAUGCAAGUAUAGUUCUUAAAUCUAUCCAUUGUAAGCGGAAAAAUAUCAGUUUGACGUUGUAUUUUUGUCCAUCCUUCUUUUCUGCCUUCUCUGUCCGUUCGAAUCGUAUCAAAGAACUAGAUGGACAGAUAUCAUUGAUAAUUGGAAGAUAGAGAAGGGACACAGAUGGAAUACUGUUGCAAUCCACUUGUUCUUGUCAGGACAUUUUCUGUAGCUUUCUAUUAAACCAUAGGAUGGAAUGUUUCAUACAACUAAGCUGAUUCACAAAUACAAGGAAUUAAAGAAAAACUAAGUAAUUACUCGUUAUUUUUAUGCGGUUUCCUUGGUGGACUUCGGACAAAAUUGUAUGAAAAAAAAGAUUAAGUGAAAGCCUCUUCAAGUGACAUCUAGCUUUUUCACAGUAUUGAAAUAUUGUAUGUAGACUUAAUUAGCAUCUAAUUCUAUUAUAUUUAGCGUGUCUCUAAUUCUAAUA